ACUAAUCCAUGGUGCAUUUAAUGGUGCAUUGCGUUUUGUAGUCGCAAUAUUUGCUGCAUUUUUGUUUAAAAUAAAAAAAAAUGUUUACUGCAAAGCCCGUUCCUUUCUUUCCCACCAUUAAUUCAUUUCCAGGCCUCAAUAUUGCACUCCUCUUCUUCCACCCAUAUCCUUCAAUUCCAUUCAAUCCCACCCUCCUCUCCUUCCCAUCGUCCUCAAUGCAUGCAAACUAAAGAAAAGAUAAGAAUAACAAAAGAAAACAAAAGAGUGCGUCAAAGAGAGAGAGAAGAAUUAAAGUAUUUGUUGUGUUGUAUUAAAGAAAACCAUUGACCACUCCCUUGGGUCCUCUUAUAUAAUGGCAUGCAAGGCUCCCCACCACCACCAUGCUUGCAGCGGUGGAGGUUCUUCUUUUGGCCGCUACCACCGCUUAACAGGUGCCAGCUUCCUCCGACACCGAGCUUCUCCGGUGGCCGUCGGGCUCCUCGGCUCCACUCCGGUCGACCUCGACGAGUCACUCCCUGCCCCAAAAGGUUGGGAGAGGUGCCUCCACCUCCAGACAGGGAGGAUCUUCUACAGGAGGGCAGCGAUGAGCCGCAACAAUGGCAAGAGCCCAAAGCUGGACCUGAAGCUGAAUUUGUCCCUGCCGACGAGGGGGGCCACGUCGAGAAGGGUGGCAGCUGAGGACGACUCCCCGAAGGGAUCCUCCUCCUCGUCUCCGCCGAGCUCCUGCUUGUCGUCAUGCUCGAACAGCCCGGAGGCAGCAUCCAUGGUGCUUGCGGGCUGCCCCCGGUGCCUCAUGUAUGUCAUGCUCUCCGAGGAAGACCCCAGGUGUCCCAAGUGCAAGAGUGCCGUCCUCCUCGACUUCUUCCAUGGCAGCAACACCGCCGCCACCACCACCAACAGCAACAGCAAGAACAACAAUAAUAGCAAGACCAGGAAGAGCUGAAGUACUAGUUAGUACUAGUAUAUCCCCUCUCUCAAAUCAUAGGUUUUCUUCCUCCUUUUCCUCCUCCUGAUCCACUUUUAUAUAUGGCUCCACAGACAUAGGUUGUGUUCUCGUUUAUCUCUUGGUUGUUCCCCCUCCUAUGAUGAAGACAAUGUAAAACGGGCCUAUCAUGAGCAGCCCAAAUUUCUAUAAUCAUCAUGGUCGUAUAGAUGGUUCCUUUUUUUCCUGUCUUAA